GCAAUAGUCUCCAAACCCAGAGAAGGAGAAGCAGGAAUAGACUUGAAAAAAGGGACCGAACUCAAGUUUCCUUCCAAGAAAAAAGCUGGGAACUUUCAUGUUGCUUCAGGAAACUAAGCUAUGAAGCAAAAUGGGCCUCUUGCCCGUGGGUGGACUUGGACUGCGUCUUUGCAGCACAGCCAGUUUUUUCCCUCUGCAGCUGAUUGGCUCUGGAGUGUAGCCAGAAGCCUACGUCCUGCAAUAAAGGAGUCGGGUCUGUAACAGCGGCUGCUCUAUUUUUUCUCUUCCGGAGUGAUGGCGUUUGCUAUCUUCAUUCUCCGGCUGGCCAUCUGCAUCUUGGCAUUUCCCAUGUACCUACUGAACUUUCUGGGCUUGUGGAACUGGAUAUGCAAAAAAUGCUUCCCCUACUUCUUGGUGAGGCUCACUGUGAUGUACAACGAACAGAUGGCAAGCAAGAAGCGGGAGCUCUUCAGUAACCUGCAGGAGUUUGUGGGACCCUCGGGGACACUCUCCCUGCUGGAGGUGGGCUGUGGCACCGGGGCCAACUUCAAGUUCUACCCGCCUGAGUGCAGGGUGACCUGUAUUGACCCCAACCCCAACUUUGAGAAGUUCCUGAUCAAGAGCAUUGCCGAGAACCGACACCUGCAGUUUGAGCGCUUCGUGGUGGCUGCAGGGGAGAACAUGCACGAGGUGGCUGAUGGCUCUGUGGACGCAGUGGUCUGCACCCUGGUUCUGUGCUCCGUGGGAGACCCGCAGAAGCUCCUCCGCGAGGUGCACAGGGUGCUGAAGCCGAGAAAAAUGUCUUCAGAUAACCAGUGGUCAGCAGAUCAGGAUGAAAGCCAGUUAUCCCGACUGAUCAGGAAAUCUAGAGACUCCCCUUUUGUCCCUGUGGGAAUAGCAGGCUUUGUGACUGUGGUAUCCUAUGGCCUUUACAAGUUAAAGUACAGAAGAGAUCAGAAAAUGUCCAUUCAUCUUAUUCACAUGAGAGUUGCUGCCCAAGGAUUUGUUUUAGGAGCUGUGACUCUAGGUGUUCUCUAUUCUAUGUAUAAAGAUUACAUUAGACCUCGAUUCUUCAAUGCAACCAAAAAAUGAAGCUACUUGCUGGGAUAAGAAAAACAAGAAGACUUCUGAAAACUAUUUAUUAUAAGGAAUGAAUUUUCAAUAU